AUGGGUGGCAAGUCUUUCUACUUCAGUAUCGGGCCCAAGACGCAGUGGCGCCACAAACACGCGGGCCUUAGCUUUACGAGACGCCAACCCGAGAUCAAGCAACAAGUGUCCAUCACCUGGGCGGGACGUUUGCCAUUCACAUCUUCCCCGCCCCAUCAAUACGCCGAGACUGGCUUUCGUGUCGUGGGCGCUCUCUUGGUUCUUCGAUUCCAAGACCUUAUGGAUCGUCCGCCUGUGCCCUCAGCCGAUGAACAUGAUGUCAUGAUUUCGGAGCACGAUCUUCAAAACGUCGCCGUUCGUAUAUGGAGACGGAGGGAGUGA